UUUCAGAAUUCCAUACGACACAAUUUAUCGCUGCAUCAAUGCUUUCUUAAAAUAGACCGUAAAAAGUUUGAGAAGGGCAAAGGUGGCUAUUGGGAGCUGGGCAUUGAUCCGCGAAAGUGUGAUAGGAAACGUAUAAGAAAUCGAAAAGGUACCCAUUUAAAGCAGCAACAAAAAAGUACAACAACAAGCACAUUUUCUGCUUAUGCAACGACAAACAAGCAAACCAAAAAUCCAAAAAGCUUUACACCUUUCGAUGAUAUAUCGAGACUCCCAAAUGAAAAGCAUUAUCCUAUUGAAAGUAGUACAAGCUACAAUAUGCAAUCGGAUCGUCUAGGUGUCAUUGAUACCAUUAUUCCUCAUGAGCUCGACAUACAACAAAACAUCGACGUGGUAAGCUGUUGUCAGCAAACCCAGAUGCCAAAGAAUCAGGAUAUCUUCACUUCUGGCAUACUUCAAUGUGAUGCGACAAAAAACACCAUAUCCUCAUUUCACCGCGCUGCGAGUAGUGAUAGUCGUCAACAGACUAUUAAAUCAUUAAAAAAUAAUAAACAACAACAACAACAAUAUCAACUGGGCACAAUAAUCAUAAGCACAGUCGCAACGAAAAACGGUGACAUUUCUAAUUUCGCGGCAGCAACGGGAUCCAUGAAUUGUUUAAUAAAUGACGAAUAUACAAAUGAGAAAACAGCUGAUCUUCAGAAAGAUUUUCAGCAAAAGCAAAAAGAGAAGUACCAAUAUCGACAGCAGUAACAGGAGAAUUAGCAGCAACACAAGUUAUGUUUGCAGCAGCGUCAAGGGUAGACGCAGUAACAAAAACUUCAGCACCCACACUAAUAGCAGCAGUACCGACUGCAGUAACAGUAGUGAGCAACAGCACUACUUUCAGCAAAAGUAGUAGCAGCAGCAGUAGUAACAGUUGCACUAGUAACAGCAGAAGUAGUGGCAGCAGCAGUAAGAGCAGUAGCAGCAACACCAGCUAUAAUACCAACAGAAAAAAAAAUUAACAAAAAAAAAAGCCAUUUAUUAUAAAAUAACUAAUUUGCAAAAACGAUACACCUAUUAUGUAGGCAACAGCAGCAAAAGUAGACGCAGUAACAACACCAGUACCGACUGCACUAGUGGCAGCAGCAGCAGUUACAGCAGGAGCAGUAUGAGCAACACCAGCUAUAUAAACAAUAUCAAAAAAAAAAACAACUUAUUAUAAAAUAACAAACAUAUUAAAUUGAAAUACCUGUUAUGUUUGCAACAGCAGCAGCAGUAGACGCAGUAACAACAGCAGUACCGACUGCAGUAGUAGCAGCAGUAGUAGUAGCAUUAGCAAUAUGAGCAACACCAGCUAUAACACCAACGGCAACCACAAAAA